GCCACCCUUUCUGUCUGGCACUUUUCCCUGUCUUGCCAUUCGGGGGCACUGGUUGAGUUCUCCAGCCAGGCUGUGGUUCAGGGAGGCCAGUCUCUGCACCUCCCCAGGGUAGGCAGUGGGGGCUGUAUCCACGUCCUCCCCGGGGUGGAGUGACUGCGCAGGGAUAAGCCAGGGCAGAUGCGACUGCCUUUACCCUUCGCUUAGCCUUCACCUGCAAGUCAAAGUAGUAUCUACUUCCCCUUGCCUACCCAGGGAGCUCCUUUGGUCCCAGGAGCAAACUGGUUUAACUAGUGGAGUUUGUCGGGGGUGUUAAGGCCUGCGUUUAAGGACCUCCUCCCUCUCACCCUGCCUUGAGUAAGCUGUGGGAGUUAGGGCUCCUGGGUCCCUGGCUGACGAUGCCGUCCCCACCUUUAGGCUUGGGUCUGGAGGGGAGAGGCUGGAGAGGAGGGCAGGAGGAACUGUAGCUGGGAGUGGGAGGAGCCUUGGGCUGGGUGUGAGGGAGAAAGCCCCAGCCCAGGGUGUGUGUCUGCCUUAACUAGCGCCUGCCUGCCUGCCUGCCUGCCUGCCUGGUGGAUGCGCCACGAAUGUUGUUGACUCUGGGUCUGUGUAAAUAUGUGCAUGCGUGCGCCCAGAGUGUCAGUGUCUGAUGGGGACAUUCUCUGACUUCAACGUGACUGCUGCAGAGUGGGAACCCUGGGGUGUCAGUGUCCAUUCUACUGGGGACAGAGAGAGAAGAGAAGGAGCCUGAAGUACAAAUUCUGUGCACCCACAGGGACUAGGUGGGAGUGAGAAAGUGAAGGGCAGCAGGAGUAGAGGGGGCUGGGCUAGGCUGGAGAGAUGCACCCAAAGGACCUUCCCCAGCAACAGUCCCGGGACCAGCUCCUGGUCAUGUCACAUUUUCCAUACUGGAGAAUACCACCCUGGGGGCUAGGUAUCCUCCUCCCGGGAAUGGCCACUUUGGGUAGCCAGAGUCAGGUGAAGGGGAGGGGGAAAGAAGCGGCAUGCUGUGGCUCUCUCUGGAGAACAGGAGAUGUUGAUGGGGUGCAGACAAGGCCCUCCCUUUCACUCUAGGGGUGGGAAGAGCUGGGAAUAGGUACUCCAGGGUCCCGUCCCCAGGUGGCCUGGCUGCUGUUGACUUAGCUUGGUUACCCUGGGAGCAGUUCUCAGCAGUGUGGGAGGGGCGGGUGUCGGGGAGUUGGACCCAGGCGUCCAGGCUGGGGUGGGAUGGCACUCUGCCUGUGUGGCAGGGAUCCUGCCAGGAGACUGCCAAGUUAACCCCUCCUUCCCUGGUGGUGGUGGCUGGCAGAAGAAGGGCGGGCCCCGCUGUGGUUUGUGAAUGUGGCCCUAAUUCCCCCUCCCCCUCCCAGCACAUCUGUACUUGGUUUACAGUGAAUGAGUCUCCUGUCCUCAUGAACCGGGCGAGGGCACCACUCCCUCCCUGGGCCCUGGCUGGGCAUCCUGACACAGAACCAGACACCACCCACCCCUGAAAUGCUCCCCCUGCUGGGUUGCCCUUUCUCAGCUCUUCGCCUUCUCCUUAGAGGGGCUCAGGGGCUGGCCCCCAGAGCUAAAGCUCUAAGACUGUGCAGCUAAGGUAGCAGAUGGGGACAGAGAGGCUAAAACGGAGAACAAAGUCUUGAGUAACCUGGAAAGAAAGAGUGGGUCUGUCUCUGCCCUCUUUGUCUUGGUUUGUCUGUCUGUCUUUGUCUCUGCUGGGUGUUUGUCCAUCCAUCUGUCUUCGUAAAUGUGGCUCCGCCCUUCUGGCAGCCUCUAAGGUCCCCAGCCAACGACAGCAGCCAGGGGGCGAUGCCCAGGAAGAUCCGCCCCAUGCCGGCCCUUCCCCUUGGGAUUGCCGCGCCUCCGCCCCCGCCCCUCCCCAGGACCCACUGACUGGGGUCUGUUGGCUGCAGUGGUUUGGAAGUCAAACCAAACAGCCCAGGCAGAUUAGGGAGCAGAGAAGAGAGGCAUUGUGAGGGGUUCAGAUGCUUCUCCUCUCCGUCUUGCAUCCGAGCCUGUGUUCUGUCCAAAGAUUCCAGGAGGAAGCUUGAGAAGGGGGUCUCCCACUCUGGAAACUGGUGGCGAGAGCUCCCCUCAUUUCUCUUUCUCUUGGGUCAUCUCUCCUUCUAGGCUCUGCUCUGUUUUGUAGUUGCUCCCCUUAGCCACCCGGGCAACUUGGAGAAAUGAUGUCUUGGGAGCCUGAGGACCAGGCUUCCCUUGCUCCCUUCAUCACGAAGACCAAAAGGACAGGAAAAGGAUCCAGACCUGUCUCACCUACCCCGACUUUGCUUUAUCACCCACCUUUAAUUGUCACUCUUGCCCCCUCCCCACCAGCAUCCAGAUAUAGAAUAGGUAAUUUCCCCAUACCCAGUCCAGUAUUGGGGGGUGUCCUAUGCCAGGCUCAGAGGUGGCUAGCAGAUGUCUGCAGGAGGUGGAGGAGCUAUGUUACAACCCCCAAGGACAUCAUUAAGGCACGGAAGUGCCAUCGGGGCUUGGAGACCAGGGCACCCAGGGAGAGCAUGAUGAAAACAUGUUUUGUACAACACGUGUCUUCUUCCCCUUCCUCCCCUAAUCUUCCACUUCCUCCCCCUCAGCCUUCUCUGUGAUGAGGCUGGUGCCAACCUUGCCCCGGGUGCUUGCUCAAUUCUACCCCUAGUAUCAGGCCUAUUCUGCUGCCUGCUGGCUUGUUGGCUCUCCUGGUGAGUGAGUUUGUGUGUGGAAGGUCCUUACCAGCCUCAGAGCUGCCCAGGUCCUCACAUAGAAUAAGGCCUUGAUUUUGAAACACAGGAUUUGAGGAUUAGCCUAAACAACUCUAGGAAUUUCUCCCCUGAACAUGCACUACUCACCUGUUCAACAAGUCUUUAUUCAGCAUCCACUGUGUGCCAAGCACUGUGCUGGGCCAUAGGAAUCCCAAGGUGUGGUCCCUGCUCAUAGUCUGUGGAGGAGUCAGAUACUAACCACAUAACCCACAAAAGCACAAGUGAUAACCAAUGUGGAGAGGCAUAAGGUACUGUGAGAAGGGAUAGUAGGAGGAUUUCCCCUCUAGCCAAGGAGAUCAGGAAAGGCUUUUGGGGGAAAGAGUGAGAAGGAGAAUGGAGAGAAGGGAGGGCAGCAGAAAAGUAUGUGCAAAGGCCCUGGAAUCAGGGUCCUGGCUCCCAGCCACCCUGCUCCCCCAGAAAGAAGAGGUUCCCUCCAUUCCUGCUUCUCACCUGGAUUUGAUAUGCUGCAAGGGAGGGACGCCCUGACCUGUCCCGGUCCCUGGAACGAGGAGCAUGUCUGCCUCCACGGUUGCCCGAAGUGUGUGUGAGGCUUCCUCCUCUUCUGCAGCUGCCCAUCUCUCUGUGGGAUGAGAUACAUGGGAAACUCACUUCAGUCCAAUUCAGAAAACAGUUAUUGAGCAUCUGCUAUAUGCCAGGAACUGACUGGUGGCAGACCAGAAAUACAAGGUAGGUCACUGUCCUCGAGAUCUGGUGGGAAAUGUAGGUGUACAGACUGGGGAGUAUGUAACUUCAGCAUAACGAUUUGAACAAGGUGGCACGGAGCAGAGAGAGAAGUACUUUUCUCUUUCUGAAAGAGUACAUAAAUAUAUCAUGAACAGUGUACAGAAUAAAUUGGAAUAAAGUGAAUACCUAUUCAACUGCCAUCUGGAUCAAGAAAGAGUACUUCCUGCUCUGCAGAAGUUCCCAGGUGUCCCUCCCACAAAACCUCCCUUCCUUAAGAAGUAACCACCAUCCUGACUUUUGUGAUAAUUAUUUCCUUCUUUCCCUUUAGGGUAUUAGCACCUAGGUAUGCAUCCCUAAACAGUAUUGCUUAACUUUGUCUGUCUUUGAGGUUUAUUUAAAUGGAAUGACACUGGAUUACCCUUUUGUAUCUUACUUAAUUUGUUCAACUUCUUGUUUGUGAGAGAGAGAUCCAAAUUUUUGCCCAUAACUGUCUUUUUUUUUUUUAAUUGUGGUAGAGUAUUUGGUUGUGUGAAUAUACCACAAUGUAUUUUUUUAAAAUUCUAUUGCUGGUGAAUGUUUGAGUUGUUUCCAGUUUGGGCCAUCAUAAUGCCACUAAGAACAUUCUGGUACAUGUUUCACAGUACCUACAUGCAAGAGUUUUUCUGGGCUAUAAAACUGAGUCAAAGUGCACAUACAGGCAAUCUCAAUUUUAUCAGAUGAUACCAAACUGUUUUCCAAAAUGGUUGUACCACUUCCACGGGAAGUGGAACAUUCUAACCUGGGGCAGGUAUAAGACCAGGAAGACCCAGGUACUUCCUUCCCUAAAACCCUCAGUGGUUUUCCCUUUUCCUUGGAAUAAGACCCAAGUCCCUACCAUGGCUCCCAGGGCCCCUGCCUUGCUCUCUACCUGUGUCAUCAUGACCCUCCUCCUUGCUCUUUGUACUUGCUGCACCCCCCUUUCUGGAAUGUUCUUCCGUCAGAUAUCGCCAAAGCUCUUUCCCUUGCCUUCUUCAGGUCCUUGCUAAAAUAUCACUUCUCAGCGGCAUUUUCCCUGACCACUGAAUUUUCGAUGGCAGCCUCCAGCCCUCCUUAUCCCCUUCUCAGCUUUAGUUGUCUCCACAGUCCAGCCACUUGGGUUCCCUUCAGCCUCGGGCAGCUCUCCUCUGAUCUGCCAGGGCUUAACCGACUGUCUCCCCCCCGGACCUUUAAGGGCUAUCAGACCUGACUGUUUCAGGGCUGUCUAGCUGCCCCUUCUGCCGGACCCACCUCUGAGUCACCUUUUAUCACACCACCCUGGUUUUCCCCAUGGUCAUUUUCAUGCUCUGAAAUAAGCUAAUGUAUGUGUUUGUUUACCUCUUUGGUUUUUGUCUCCACCCUGCCCCACCCCUCACUUUCAUGGGAGCUCCACAGGAGAGCAAAUGCUGCCGCUUUCUUGCUCUGUCCCAUGGCCAGCACCAGCUGCGUGUUAGAUCCUCCAAUAAUAAUUGUCAGGCUGGUUGUCAGUCUUGCGGAGACAGCCAGACACCCCCACCCCCACACCUGGGACUUGUCCUGUCCGGAAACUCCCAGAACCUCGGCCUCCUCCCUCUGCUGUCAGCUCCCACCAACAUCACAGGCUCAGUCUCAGAGUAUCUGUUGCUGCUGCCGCUGCCGCCACCACCCUCUGUCUCCUCUGGGGACUGUUUGGGAGCCUGAAGCAGCUGUUCUGGCCAUCAGGGCUGGUGAGUGAUGGGCAGGGGUCCUUACCCAGGCAGGUGUCAGGUGCCUGGAGCUCAAGAAAUACUUUUUGAUUGAAUAAAGGGGAAGGCUUCAGAGUUGAUCAGACCUCACCAGGUAGAGAAAAGAGAAAGGGCGCUCAGAGCAGAAGGAAUGGUGUAAACAAAGGACUAGAGGUACAAAAGUGCACAUCAUAUUGGGAGAACAUGUUCUGGUCUGCUGCCCUUGGAGGGUUUUCAGUGGAGGGGAGGGGGUCAGGAGAGCACUGCCAGGCAGGCCUGAGAGGGAGGUCUAGAUGGGAGGGUGGGGGGUGGAUCUGAGCUCCUACAGGAUCAGCAAGGCUCAGCAGUGUCUUAAGUUUAAUCCUGUCCCCACCCCUGCUCCCCACAGUCUGCCCCUUUGACUCCACCCCUGCCUCCCCUUCACCCAAUCCCCAGCCUGGCUGUUCCUGCAGCUGAAUGGACUUCUCUCUGGGCCUACGACUGGGGCCUCGGAACAAGAAGGCCAGCCACCAACAGCCCCUUCCACCCUCUGGGCACGGUCCACCAGCUGCCUCUCCUUGUCUGUCCUGUCCACCCUCCACCUGUGCCUGCCCCUGCCCUGGCUGCCCCCCUCCCACCUGCUCCUGCACAGCCCACCCAUCUCAUGCAGCUACCUGUCCCUCUUGUCCCGGCCUCCUUGGCCCACCGUGUACCUGCUCCUGCCCUCCCUGCCCUGCUUGUCCUCCCUUGACUUGUCCCCACAGUUCCUGCAUCCCAUGCUGUGGUCCCCACUUGACCUGCUGCCACCCCUCUCCUUGCCCCAUGUACGUGUGCUCUAAGGGUCGAGCCCCCUGUUCCAGCUCCUGCUUGGGCUGCAGUGACAGCUAUGGCUGUGUCCGAGGUGCUGCCUGGGGACCUCUAGGCUCCACUGGCCGCUGCAGCUGCUGCUUCAGGGGACAGCGCACCUCUCGGCACUGUCUGAUAGUCUAGCUUGGCUGUUGCCCCACUGAGAGAUUAGAAGUCUCCCAGAUCUCUCCUGCAGCUGCUUCCUCAGCGGGGAGGCAGAUGCUCUGGGGGGUGGAUCAGCUGGACCCUUCACCCAGGCCGGUGAGACAGCGGCUGGCCACCCAGAGCCCCGGUCUCUUCCUCAGUCCUGAGAGAGAGAGUGGACCACCUGCUUUGAAGUUAGUUUCUGGGCAUGCUCCCGUUGGUUCCAGAACCUCCUCUUCUGCAACUUCUGGAAUAGAAAGUCUUCUUCUCAGAGCCUGCCCCAUGGCCCCUGAAGGUGAGCAAGUUGGCCAUUUUCCCCUCUAGUCUGCCUCCCCUGCAGACCCUUCGUGGCUCAUCUCUGCAGUGUGCAUGGAUAAGAUGGGUCCUUCCUCUAGAGGUGAUAGGAGAUCCUUUGUCCAGGGGCCACUUUUCUUGCCCCAUGGACCUCCACCCAUCUCCUUGACUGACCUAUGAGUCUCUGGACCCCUUACCUCUCAUUGUGAGUAUGGUAAAGAAAGUCAGUGGCUCUUGGACCAAAAGAAGAGGCUGAGCAGAGGAUUCCUGGUUAAACCCUCCCUUGGAUAUCAUGACAUCUUUCAUGGUCCUUUGCUUCCAGGAACCUGGCACUCUCUACCUGGAUGUCUUAUCUUUCAAAUCUUUCAGUGCUCGCCCAGCCUCAUGACCUCAAUCUUCCAGCAGUAAUCCCAUCUGUUACAUCCAUGCUCAUCUGGCAGGGGGCUGCCGAAGCAGGGAGCCCUUGACUCAGGCGCCAGUGAUCCCAUCCAUGCAUAACUAGUUGCUAGAUGUAAGUCCCCUGUCCCUGAGGGUGGGGCUGGGGGUUUGGAGAAGCCACCAAGAGGAAGCCGGAAGUGAUAGGCCUACGUAUCUGCCCAGGACUGGACCCUAAGCUGAGAGGCCCUAAGCACCCCUCCACAUUUCCCAAGACUUCUGAGGCUAGCCUGCUUCAAUCUUCUCUUUCUCGCUCCUUCUCUGGGACCCUUUGUUCUUUCCUUUCUGUCUCUGUUUCUCCUUCUGCUUAUCCUUCCUUCUAGCUUUUUAUACCACUCUCUCCAUUUCUAUUUCCUUCUUUCUGUCACCUGGACAUUCUGCCUUCACCUCACUUGUGUCUCUGUAUCUGUCUUCCCCACUCUAUGUCCCUCUCUUUCCCCAUCUAAUUUAAAAUCUAUUUAAUGUAUCUAUCUUUUUCCUUCCCCCUUCCCUGUCUCAGUCCAUGACUUUGUGUUUGUUUUCUUCCUCCUCCUAUCUCUCUCUUUUCUGUCCUAUUCUGCUUCUGGGUGCAAGUCAUUCUCGAACUCUUCUAUUUUUAUGUCCCUUUCUGUCUUUGUCUCUCUUCCUGUCUUCUGGGUCUAGCUGUUUUUUCAUUACCUAUCUCUCUUUCUGCCUCCCCACUAUCUAGCUUUCUCUCUCUCUGUCUCCCUAGGUCCUGCAGCUGCCUGCACACUAGGUCUCCGGUGUGCCCAUCUCACUGCUGCCCAAGGGCCAGGAGGACACCAAGUCCUCCAUUGUCUCGCUGUCCCUCACACCCCCAUGCCCUGGAGUGAGUGAGGGCUGGACACAGCUACCAGAACAGUCCCUUCUUCCCCUACUCACUGUCCUGGCCAUCCAUUCCUACUCAGCUCUAAGCCCAAACCUUUUCAAAAAUGAUGUUUUUCUCUCAACUUCUUAUUCUGAAAAUUGACAACUGAAGAGAAAAAGAGUUACACACUUACGCUGCCUGUCCUGUAUAAACUAUAUUUCAGGGUAGCCAAAUAGCUCUACGUGGCGAAGAAAACUUAUUUACAGAACUCCAGCUAAUGUAGGGGGAAUAUGCAAUUAGAAAAAUCACCAUUUUGCAACGGUUAAUGAAAUAAGGGAUCAAAGCAAGAAUUAACAAUGGAUGCAGCCAAGGAUGAUAGUUGAUGGAGAACUUUACUAUGGAGGAAUCAAGCUAUCGCUCCCUGAGCCAACUGAUGAAUCUUAGUUUCACUAAAUCAUGUACCAUGUACCUCCUGAUAUGAUGCAAUCUGAUGCACUCAGCACCACCUUUGAAGGAUUCUUACCAAAGAAACAAACCAAAAAACUGAACAUGAUUCUAAUCAAACCUCUAGAGCUAACCUCUAUUUAUUUAAUGGGAAAUGUGGUGGAUGGAGGAACAAAUUAAAUGACAUAACAAAGAAGUAAGGAAAUAUACCAGAACGUGGGACAUUCCAAAGGAAAACUGAGCUGCUUUCUUCAACUAGUCAAUGGCUGGGGAGAAAAGUGAGUGCAGACAAGAAGACAACUACUACAUGGAAUAUGUGGGCCUUCUUUGGUUCCUGACUGGGACCACCCAAUUGAAAAAAAAGAUGUUUUUAGACAGUUGGAGACAUUUAAUUAUGAACUGGGUAUUCAUGAUGCCAAGGAAUCAGUGUGGAUUUUGUAAAAAUGGCUUUGAGGUUAUGUAAGAAAAGGUCCUUAUUUUCUGGAGAUGGAUUGAAGUGAUGUAUUGAAUUUUUAAGUGUUUUGUCAAAUAAAAAAAGGACAGAAAGAAACGAGUAGAAGGAAUGAAGGGACAAAACCAAUAUUGUUGAAUUAAGUAUAUAGGAUUUCAUAGAACUAUGAUCUCUACCUUUGUGUAUGUUUGAACAUUUUUGUAAUAAAAGUUUUAAAUGAUA